AUGCUCGUCGAUAUCCUUGUUGGCAGGCUGGCCCUCGCUUUCAAGCUCGCCUGUCUCUUUGCCUUUGGGACAUUAGUCGACAGCAAGAGUAACUCGGCGCGAAUAGACGCCCGAUUGAGUGACCUGGAGAAGCAGGUGCUCAAGGACCGUCUGUUUCAGACGAACUUGCGGGGCCCACGAUGGACCGGAAACGAAAAUCAGAACGUCCUCACCAGCCUCGUCGCAGAAGCCAUGGAAGGGGCUGGUCUCGACGUCGAUACCAUAGACUAUCAGUUUUAUAGAUGGGAUCCGAGAUGGUGGUCGCUCAGUCUGACGCUCACCAACGGCUCGACGAUUGGCAUACCCACGACUGGGUACUGGCCGUAUUCUGGAAGCACGUCGCUUGCGGGUGUUACUGCCCCUUUAGUCGAUGUCGGGACAUUCGGCUUGCUUCCCAACUCAGAUGGCGACCCAAGCACUUUGGAUUUCACGCACAUCGCCUCCGAUGGAGGUACCAUAGUGUUCUUCGACAAUCCCAGCCCAACCCGCAAUUACUCUGAGCCAGGCUACCAUUUGCUGGGCACGUCUCGGAAUAUACCUUCGGCAGCAAUUCCUGAGCUGGGAAACUUGACCAACCCCCAUUGGCAAUCGAGCAAGACCCUCAACUGGACGGAGUUGCAUCAGCGCGGAGUAGUAGCUGCAAUUUCUUCGUGGGUCAACACCUCAGAUGAGAAUGCGGCGCUUCAGUUUCUGCCCAAUGACGGGUCGCCAGGGGACGGCAGCUCGCCAAACAGCUACCAGGUCCCUGCGCUAUAUGUUGGCAACUCCACUGGCAAAAUGAUUCGCAAUCUUCUGGCAAACGGCGGUGUCUCGAACGCAACGGUCGUAUUAAACGCACCCGACGUUUUGGCUCAGACGCAAACAGUCAUUGGUCAUCUGGAUGGCGCAGCGGCGGACGAGUCUGACGAUACGAUCAUUCUUUAUACGCACAGUGAUGGGCCUUCGAUCAUCGAGGAAAAUGGGCCAUUAUUGCUGCUCACCAUCGCUGAACAUUUCGCUCGCUACCCGCAACCGAUCCUCAACAUGAGCUUGGACUUUGUUAUCACCACUGGCCACAUGUCAGGCCAUCACUUGAACGAGUCGGCGUGGAUGAGGGACUAUCCGGACAUCCUUGCCAACGCGAGAUUUGCCGUUUCUGUCGAACAUUUCGGUGCGAUCGAGUGGAAGGACGACUUUUCCUCGCCCACGAUGAUGCCGAUUUACCGAGCCACCGGCGCCUUGGAGCCGAUUUGGACAAUGGCCAAUGAGUCAAAAGCCAGCGGUCCGCUUCAUGAGUCGUAUCUUAACGCAUUUGACGCAAGCCCGAGCCCACUUCGUAUGGCGCUACUGGCCCCAGAACAUUUGGAUGGUUCGCGCUCCAUGUGGUAUGGUGUAGGUGGAAGCGCUAUUCUUGGUCAUUCGAGCAUUCCGACCAUAGGAAUUAUUCCCCAACCGGAUUACCUUUGGGCAGCAUCGACCGACGGAGGCUGGAGCAGGCUUGAUAUGGACGCGUUGAUGGCGCAGAUGGAUGUUAUGUUGUCGUUGAUUCAGAAACUUGACGCAAGAUAUGUUCCGUUGGCGCAUUAG